ACUAUUCUUUCUAAUUAAACGUAUUACAAACACUGAAAGUUAACUUAAAAGUAUAGACUAGUUGUGGGCCCCACACGUGGCGUACUCCUAAAGUCUACCCUUAUCCCCCACCACCUUUCCAGCUGCACACACACCACCAUCUUGUAGGUACAAAAUGUCUAGUGAGCCACCGGAUAAAGAAGCUUCAAUGAGAAGCAUAAUUGCCGAACAGUUUGGGGCAGAGCUGACCUACAAAGAAGCAGAGCUCACACAGAUAGAGGAUCGAAUACGCCUGGCAAAGCUUAUGCUACAGCGAUUACGUAUGGGAGUGCUUGCUCAGCAUUAUGGAUCAGCUGGAUUCUAUCCAACGGAACUAGACUACAGUCAGGAGAACAUUGGAGUGCAGAGCAGCUGGGACAACUUCGAGGAAGCGGCCAUCGAGGGUCCGGAGGUCAAGGAGGAAGAGCCAAUCGAUGAACUCAACGAUAAGGACGCUGAUGUUUCUAAAGAGAGCACACCACUCGAGAGCUGUGCAUCUGAAGAGAGUAAAAUAUCUGAAGAAGUGAAAAUUAAAGACGAGCCUAUGGAAAGUGAAGAAGUGGUCAAUGGAACUUUAAUAGACACUCGGGAUAAUUCUAUGACCACUCCAACAACGACAAGAAUACAACCUGUAUGCCCACCCCCUGAUCCCCCUUUGAAAUCACAUGAUCAGUCACAUGACAAGGAGGAAUUGUCUUCUGAUCUCGAGUCGAGGUUUUAUCGGAAGAAGCGGAUUAUAGUAGGGAACACGUCUCAGUUCCUGGACCCCUCCUCUCAGUGUGGAGGCUCCACUCACAAGUGGAUGGCCUAUGUGCGUGGCUCUCAGAGUGAACCAGACAUUAGUCAUUUCGUGAAGGCAGUGAGGUUUUUCCUUCAUCCAAGCUACCAUCCUCAUGACAUCAUCGUCAUCAGCAAGCCUCCCUUCCACCUGACCAAGCUGGGUUGGGGGGAAUUCCCCAUUCGAGUGCAGCUGGAGUUUGCGGACAAUUACAAUAAACCUGCGGACAUUAUUCACAACCUCAUGCUCGACCGAACGCAUACUGGACAUCAGACACUGGGGGCGGAGACUGUGGUGGACCUUGACCUCUCAGUGGUCACAGAUAUAGGUCCUGCUCUGGCUGUGAAGCAACUCAAGGAGCGUGCUCAGAAUGGGAUCAACCCACUCGUCAACGGACUUGACAGUAACCUGGACGUGAGCGAGGUCAGAGAGAUAUCCACCACUGAUCCAAACGGAGAUGCGAUUCCGGUGUUCUCUGACGAAAAUGACAUAAAACUGAAUCAAGACGACGCUAUGGAAGUGGAGGAGGAGAAAGAACCGGAGCUACUGGCUGCCAGGUGUUGCGAGUACGUACCCAAGUCCUCCCGCAAGUCUGACUCCCCAGUGGUUAUCCAACACAUCUCGCUACCUAUCGAGAGAGGUUCCAACGAUUCCAUCAUCCUCGACCACGACUACUGUACCACCGUCGUCACCAUUCACACGUCACAGCCCUCGCCCACGCCCACACCCAGCCUCUCACGAGAAAGCUCUGUUCCAAACUCUGAUGUGUCACGAGUAAAAUCGGAAACCUCCUCGGCCCAAGUCCUCACCACCAACCUGGACAAAUGUCUCCACGUUGCAGUGCGUAGUAUUCCCUUAUAUGGGCGUCAAAGUCCUAACGAUGGGUUCCUGCUGUCGGCCUCCUCACUUGCACAGUUCCAGGCGUGGGCGGUGGGACGGAGACGUGCCUCAGAGUGGAUGAGAGCCGUGGCCGUGAAGCAUCAAGUGGAGAGACAGCUGAGGAUCCCAGCUGUGCUUACAACUAAACAGGUGGUUCAGUGGUGUCGGAGGAAUGGCUACACUCCACUGGAUGCCAUUACCAACACCCUCGACUCUGGGUUCUGCAAAUACUGUGGGUGUCAGCUCCGCCCACCCCAGGAAGUUCCCGGUGAAGACAGCUACUCGGUCGUAUCUAAUAUUCACAAGAACUGUUCGAAACGUUUGAAACAAUUAGAACAUUCUACUCUCUCCACUUCUACUUCCACUUUCUCCGAGGUCCUCACCCUACAAGAUGAGCUAACUAGACAAGAACAUUUGCAGGAGCUAAAUCAAGAACUGGAUAUUGAAACAGUUCCCACUGUCCCAAGUAAACCCUCGACAAGUAGCGAAGACACUUCUGUACCUCGAUUCAGAAUCCCACAAACCCCAGAACUGAAAUGGAUUCAACAAACUUCGGCGAAUAUUGGAAUCAGGGUUUACCCUGCUGUUAUAGAUCGUAUGUACGCACAUGUGGUGGAGCACAUGAUCUAUAUGUCCUGUGCCCGAUUUCUACGUUCCAUCCUCGUACAAGCGACCCAGGAGGCGGGGAAUCUCGUGGAGGGGGAGCUGUGUCAAGAGAGGGUGAUCACUCCUCGUCAUGUGCACCAAGCAUUGCGUAACCUCGAGUCAUGUGACUUUGUGACAGACAAGUAUUUGGGCGUGGACGAAGGUGGGAGAAACUUCAGUGAUAGUUCAAGCAGUGAGAGCGAUUCAGACUAGUGAACUAUCCUGUAAUUAUUGUGAGGUAGCGAAAUUUUACAUUACUUAAUUUAUGUAAUUAAUUUUCUUGACAAUGUCUUAUAUAUUUUAUAUUUCAA